CAUGUGCGGAACCACAAAUUUCAACGGCAGCAGUUUUGGAUUCGAAUAUCUUGGCCAACCAAAAGUGCCGUAGAUAACUGCACAUCUAUCGUAGACCAUUAAAUCAUUCACCCAAAAUAAGGGUCUCCAUUAGUACUAUACACAUCCUUCUUCUACCUAUUGCUGAUUUCUUUCUGCAAGUGUUUUUAACAAUGGGUAGUAGCACCAACAAUGGAAAAAUCGGCGACAUUUGUCAUGUCGUAGCGAUGCCGUAUCCAGGAAGAGGACAUGUCAAUCCAAUGAUGAACUUGUGCAAGCUUUUAGUAUCAAAGUUGGGAGAAAACAUCAAAAUUUCAUUUGUUGUUACUGAAGAAUGGUUUAGUUUCAUUAACUCAAAUCCACGGCCGCCACAGAUUCAGCUGCGUACAAUCCCAAAUGUCAUGCCAUCGGAGCUAGUCCGCGCCUUAGAUUUUUCAGGUUUCGUUGAAUCAGUGUUUACUAAUGUUGAAGCUCCAGUUGAGCAGCUCAUGGAUAAACUUGAACUUGAAUCUCCUGUGACGGCUAUUAUCGCCGACACGUAUUUGGCGCUGGCUGUUAAUGUUGGGAACCGGAGGAAUAUUCCGGUGGUGUCACUGUGGACCAUGUCGCCUUCUGUGUUCUCCGUUUUCUAUCAUUUUGAUCUGUUUGUUCAAAAUGGGAAUUUCCCGGUGGAUUUAUCAGAGCGGGGAGACGAAAUGAUAGAUUACAUUCCCGGAAUCACUCCGACACGAUUAUCGGACAUGCCAACAAUCUUCGACGGGAGUGGUCGGAAAGUGCUCGGCCGUGUCAUGGAAGCAUUCGAGUUAGUCCGGAAAGCUGAAUGUGUUCUUUUUACUUCCUUCCACGAGCUUGAAGUCCAAGUUGUCGAAACUUUAAUGUCAAUAGUCCCCUUUCCCGUCUACUCCAUUGGACCUUCAAUACCUCAAGAAAAAGCUCAGGUACCGUAUGACGACAAUGGCAGCAAGCCGGAGUACUAUUUGAAAUGGCUAGAUGCGCAACCGGAAAGUUCCGUCUUAUACGUCUCGUUGGGUAGCUUUCUAUCAGUUUCAAAGGAACAAAUGGAGGAGAUUUUAGCUGGGUUACACGACAGUGGAGUUCGGUAUUUGUUAAUUUCACGGGGAGACUCUUCCGGCCAAGAGGGUACUUUGUCCGAUGAGGAGAUGAAGAGUUUAGUAGUACCGUGGUGUGACCAAGUGAGAGUUUUGUGCCAUGCUUCUGUUGGAGGGUUUUGGACUCAUUGUGGAUGGAAUUCGACACUAGAAGGAGUUUAUUCAGGUGUACCAAUGCUAACUUUUCCUAUAUUUUUCGAUCAGAUUCCGAAUAAAAAGCUAAUUGUGGAUGACUGGAAAGUCGGGAUGAAGGUAACCGGAGCAGAUAAGUUAGUUACACGGGACGAAAUCGGGAAGAUUGUUAAGAAGUUCAUGAAUUUGGAAGAAGGCAAUGAGGAAUACAAAGACACGAGGAAAAGAUCAAAUGAACUCAAGGAGAGCUGCAGAACAGCGUUGGCAGAGGGUGGAUCAUCUGAUAUCAACCUUAAUGCAUUUAUUAAAACCAUUUUGAAAGUGGCAUAACUACGUCACGCUAAUUUUCUAUUUUUUUUUUCUUUUUUAUGCACUACUCGUUGGAUUCCACUGUAAACUGAUGAUGAUGUUGAUAAAUACAUCUUCUUUAAGAUUUA